GCAAACGUCAGAUGUAUGGAAGAUUACAAACUAUUAUAUGAAAAGUCGAUAAAUUCACCGGAACUGUUUUGGCAAGAUGUUGCAAGACAGUUCUACUGGAAAUCCAAACCAAUAGGAUCCUUUUUCACCUAUAACUUCGAUAUAACUAAAGGUCCGAUUCGAAUAGAAUGGAUGAAAGGAGCUAAAACUAAUGUAUGUUUUAACUUAUUGGAUAAAAACAUUGAAAAAAUGAAUUUGGCAAACACUGUGGCUUACCACUGGGAAGGAAAUGAUCCAGACGACUACUUCAGUGUUAGCUACUCCCAACUCCUUAGGGAUGUUUGUAAAUUUGGAAACGUUUUGAAACGGAAAGGUGUAACUAAGGGAGAUCGUGUAGCCAUUUAUAUGCCCAUGAUAAAAGAACUUGUGGUGGCCGUACUGGCGUGUGCUAGGAUAGGAGCUGUUCACUCGGUUGUUUUUGCUGGUUUCUCUUCGCAAUCCCUAGCAGAGAGAAUUGUUGACGCCCAAUGUUCUAUCGUCGUUACUACAGAUGGCGCAUGGAGAGGUACGAAGUUACUAAAUUUGAAGGAAAUCGUUGACGAAGCUUUGAGAUAUUGCAAUGAAAAGGGACAUACUGUGAAAACAAACAUUGUAUUUAAGCAUGCUGGGCCAAAGGAAGGUCAAGGACAGAAUGGGAGAGUAACUCUUCCUGGAACACGACCUGUAUAUGAGUUCAAGACACCCUGGAACCCAAAUGUUGACUGUUGGUGGGAUGAUGCAAUGGAUGAUGUCUGUGACGUCUGUGAUCCAGAGUGGAUGGAUGCUGAAGAUCCAUUGUUUUUAUUGUACACCAGAACUUCUUGCAUUUUUGAAGGCACUCCUUUUUACCCACAUCCGGGCCGGUAUUGGGAGAUUGUUGAAAAGUAUGCUGUGAACAAAUUCUACACUGCCCCAACAGCUAUCAGAGCUCUCAUGAAACAUGAAGAUAUAUUUGUGAAAAAGUUCAACUGUUCAUCCCUCAAAGUACUGGGUACUGUAGGAGAACCCAUCAAUCCAGAGGCUUGGUUGUGGUACUACAGAGUUGUUGGAGAAGGUCGAUGUCCCAUAGUAGACACUUUUUGGCAAACAGAAACUGGAGGUCAUGUACUGACUCCUCUUCCAGGAUGUACUCCGGCCAAACCAGGCUCAGCAACUUUUCCAUUCUUUGGAGUACUUCCUGCAAUUUUAGAUGAAAAAGGACAAGAAAUCGAAGGACCCGGGGAAGGCUACUUAGUGUUCAAGAAACCAUGGCCAGGUAUUAUGAGAACUAUUUACAAUAAUGAAGAACAAUUUGAGACAACGUACUUUAAGAAGUUUCCAGGUUACUACUGUACAGGAGAUGGAGCUAAGAGAGACGACGAUGGUUAUUAUUGGGUGACAGGCAGAGUGGACGAUAUGCUCAAUGUCUCUGGUCAUCUUUUGUCCACUGCAGAAGUAGAGUCAGCCUUGAUUGAACAUGAUGCUGUUGCUGAAUCAGCUGCAGUGUCUCACCCACACUCUGUAAAAGGAGAGUGUCUGUACUGUUACAUUGUAUUGAAAGAUGGAUAUAAUUUCAACAAGAAACUUACCCAAGAGUUAAAACAGAAUGUGCGACACAAAAUUGGACCGUUUGCUACUCCAGAGUUUUUACAUCAUGCACAAAAUUUGCCUAAAACCCGAUCUGGAAAAAUUAUGCGUCGUGUACUUCGUAAGAUUGCCAGAAAUGACAAGGACCUUGGAGACUUGAGUACAUUAGCAGAAGAAAACGUGAUAGAAAACUUGUUUAACACACGCCCAGAGGGAGCGUAAAUCUUCUGUUUAACACACGCCCAGAGGGAGCAUAAAUCUUAGUAGCAUUAUGACGAAUUUCAUUUUACCUUCAAAUCAUGAUUAUAUUUUUCUGUUAUUUGUUACAUUUUUACACUUUUUCCUUUUUUUUAAAUCAAAAUGUGUUUUUAUUUAAUCUCAUGUUGCUCUUCCAAUAUUUAUAAAAGAAAGCUACCGACAAAGAACUCUUUCAAAUAGGGAUCAGACAAGAACAUUUACUUAUAUAAAACCUCAAAGUUACACAUCUUCUAAAAAAAAGUUUU